GUUGACAAAAAUGCUGAGUUGGUGGCACGAUGGUCCUACUGUGCUCUGAGUCAAGAGAAGUUACGUCGGCCAAUUGUAGCCUGUGAGCUAGGCAGGUUGUAUAAUAAAGAUGCCAUCAUUGAAUUUUUGUUGGAUAAGUCAGCGGAUAAAACUCCUCUGGAAGCUGCGUCGCAUAUCAAAAGCAUUAAGAAUGUAACAGAACUAAACCUUGUAGAUAAUCCGGCUUGGAGUGGUGAUAAAGAGAGCAUAAAAGGUGACAAAUAUGAUGACAUCCAGUCUGCACGCUUUAUCUGCCCAGUGGUGGGAUUGGAAAUGAAUGGAAGACACAGGUUUUGCUUCUUGAGAAACUGCGGCUGUGUGUUCUCUGAACGUGCUCUCAAAGAAAUUAAAGCAGAAGUUUGUCACAAGUGUGGUGUUCCCUUCCAAGAGGAAGAUGUGAUUGUCCUUAAUGGUAAUAAAGAAGAUGUGGACGUACUGAAGAAAAGAAUGGAGGAUAGAAGACUUAAAAUUAAAUUGGAAAAGAAAUCCAAGAAAUGUAAGUCAGCAGAAUCAGCUUCUCAGCAAGAUACCGCUAAAGAUUCUCCAGGCCCAUCAAAGGCUAAGAAUGGAAAGGAUUUUACCAGUUCCAGUUCUGGGGAAAAGAGGCAGAUAAUCUUCACCAAAAGUUCAGAUAAUGGAAAUUCGUCUGUACCAGGAAAAGUCAAUAAGGCUUCUUCUACUACUACGAAGAGAUCCAUUGCAGACAAUGAGGAGAAAUCUGAGGCAUACAAAUCUAUUUUUACAUCACACAGCUCAGCAAAACGUCCAAAGGAGGAGUGUUCCAAUUGGAUUACUCACACAGCAUACUACUUUUGAGACAGGGAUGAACCUGAUUGUAACAUUCUUUACUGCUUUCCUUCCCUAAGGCUUUUUCUGUACGAUUCUGGUACAGAACUUUUGUUGUAAUCUGACGUUAGCUGGAAUUAUUCCAUUUGCAAGUUGUUUAUAAAUUUGUGAAUAACUAAUGAAUUUGUGUUAGCUGCAACUUUCUAUUAAAAAAAAAAUAG